CUUUGGGUACCCCGCUCAGGCUGUCUUGCACACAGGGGCCUGUGUGUUUAAAGGCGGCCGUCGGAGCAUAUUUUGUGGGGAUACAGACCUGAACUGUCAUGUCUGAGCCAGGACCAUCAGACAAGCAGGGCAGGAAGAAAGGCUGGCCGCGCGGCAAAAAGCGCACUCUCAAGAUCAAGGAUGUCAACGCACCCAAGCUGCCCAUGUCAGGCUACAUGCUGUUCCUCAACGACCACCGCGAGCAGGUGCGCGCCGCCAACCCCGGCGCCACGUUCUCGGACAUGACGCGGCUGCUGGCAAACGCCUGGCAGGCGGCACCACAGGAGGAGAAGCAGCAGUACAUGGAGGCAGCACAACAGCAGAAGGAGCGCUACAGCCGGGAGCUCAUCAAGUACCAACAGACAGACGCCUACCGCGCCUUUAGCGAACAGGUCAAGGCCAAGGGCGGCAGUGUGGUCGUCAGUGGCUCGGGCGGCGGCGGCGGCGGCAGCAGCCGGGCGGCGCGCCACGACAAGGAGAACGAGAAGGAGGCGCGUGCGCCGCCGCCACCCGCGCCCGACCAGGACACGGCCGUUCUGGAGAUUCCCAUCUUCACCGAGACGUUCCUGACGCACAACCGCGAGCGCGAGGCGGAGUUGCGGCAGCUGCGGCGCGCCAACACCGAGUUCGAGGAGCAGAACGCCACGCUGCAGAAGCACAUCGACAACAUGAAGGAGGCCGUCGAGCGGCUGGAGUCGGAGACGGAGCAGCAGCGCGGGCAGAACUCGGCCCUGCAGCAGCACCUGGACCAGCUGCGCGCGCUGCUCUCCGAGCGUUUCGCGGCUGUGCCGCUGCCCGGCUGCCCGGAGCCGCUCACGCCGGAUACGGUCGACGUCUACCUGGCCAAGCUGCACGCGCUGAUCCUGGAGCGGCCGCAGGAGAACCAGGCGCUGGUGGCCACCGUGCGCGACAUCGUGCACCGGCUGGAGCACCAGUGAGCGGCCGGCCUGCGCCUUGGGCUGGCUGCCAGGGGCUGCCCGGCACCGGCGAACUGACCACACCUCCGCUGGAAGACGGUCAACGGUUUGGCGUCGUUCAAUGUUGGGUGACGAUGCAUGUGGGAUAUGCUCGUUUGUGUAGGUAAAAUUUUGCAGAAAUGUGGCCAGGGUCCUGUCAGUGGAGCGUUGGUUACCAGUACCGUGCGCCUGCAUUGAAACGUUCUAUUCGUGUGUUUGUUUCAAUAAAUCGUUUCCGGUCAAGAUAUGUACUGCCUGGCCUGAGUCUCUGCUUUGAAAUAUAAAGCAUAAGCAUGUGACGUAAAAUCUCAAAACUAUUAUGUGUAUUUUUUUCGUUAGGAGCUCGGUGCACUCUCCCACGCUUGCUUUUGGGCAAAAACCUCGCUAGGAUAGGCUCCCGUAUAAGUCCCGGUUAUCAUAUCACGGACUGGUAUGUCGCUGGCGCGUGGGUUUGCAUGGAGCCGUCGGUGUCUGUAUGCGGUCCCUCCUCGCGGUGCUUCCCGACCUUUAGUUGUGCAGCGUCCGCAAACUGCUGUCUUUAAAAGAGGCUGGUGUGCCAAUCUCGAACAGUAGUUGUGCAUCAUCGUCCCCAUAGGCAAGAAAUCCAUUUCAGCUCAUAGGUCUUCAAAGGAGGGCCCUUCCGGUUGGCGGUAUGACAUUGCCCUACGUUUUCAGUAUGCGCCCUCACAACCACUCUCCCGUAUCCGGCUGUCUUGAAAGUAUGUGGAAGUGCAACCAUUCGUGGGUGUUCACGAUUUUGUACGCUGCGUUGCGCCUAACCUUCAUUAUCUAGAGCCAGUUCAAGUGUGUACGUGUGUGCUCGUGCCUAUUCUUAACGACGUCUUCGCGACGCUCGCGUUAGUUUUAGGGUUUGGUGCAAGUGCAUGUGCUAUCUCCCGCACGGUCGCCUUAAUACACUUCUAGAUCUCAGUGA